AAAGGAAAGCAGUAGGAGAUUUGGUUGGCUACUCGUCAUCAUCUGAAGAGACUUGGAGCACCUGAAGCUUCGGGUGUCUGCUCCGGCAGAUAUGAGGGCUCUCCACGGUGAGCGCACUUGGCUUUCCCUUCGCCGCAUCCUAGCGCGUCUCGGCAAUCACUGCCGUGCCCAAAUGUGGCUCUGUCCAGGCAUCGGGAUGUGAAAAAUCAAAGUUGGGCGCUGGACGUUACUGAAGCUGAAGCUGCGUUCAACACACAAGCCUGGAUGUUGAUUUCUCACCUACUGCUCCCAGGAAAACUGGUUUCAACAGACUUCAAUUUUCAGUCCAAACAGUGAUUUUUUCAUGUAUUUUUUUGGUUCAGAGAACAUUCAAAGACUUCCUAAAUCGCUCACCUCCAAUCUGUCUCUUGUAUUUGUAAUGCAUUUUUAACAGUGGUUUGUACCAGCUGCAUAAAAACAGUCAGUUUUAACAUCAUUAACAUUUUCAAGAUGGAUUACUCAAUUUUAGCUCAGUAGUUUUCGUUUGCAUAUAUUAUACUUCUCUUUCAGUGGUUCUGCAUGCAACUUGUCCCUUUAUUUUCCUUGAUGCAUUGCCAACGUAAUGGCCCAUUUGCUCGAGGCAUCAUCAUUCAAAUUAUGUUUUGACAAGACAGACUUAAUGUGAUCAUUACUCUAAUGGCUUUUAUGAGAAUGGCCUGAUGUCUCCUCUCUCUAGUAGUGAACUUAAAUAGGUGUGCGCUUCAGUCUACCACUUCUGCACAGGCCAGUUGUUGAGUACCAGCAUUGUACUGGAACUAAUGAUUCCUGUGCUGGACAAUAUGACCCCAGCUCCUCUGACACAGAACUGCUCCAACUGCAGCCAUGUUUUAGUCCCAGAGCUCAAUGUGGUCAAGGCUGUGGUUUUGGGUCUGGUGCUUGGUCUCUUCAUUGGGUUUGGAGUCGUGGGAAACAUUCUGGUGAUCCUCUCGGUGGUUUGCCAUCGACACCUGCGGACAGUCACGCAUUAUUUCAUAGUUAAUCUGGCAGUGGCAGAUUUGCUGCUGAGCUCCACCGUACUGCCGUUCUCUGCCAUUUUGGAAAUCCUGGAUCGAUGGGUGUUUGGACGGGUUUUUUGUAAUGUUUGGGCAGCUGUGGAUGUGCUCUGCUGCACGGCUUCUAUCAUGAGCCUCUGUGUAAUAUCUGUGGACCGCUACAUUGGAGUAAGCUACCCCCUGCGUUACCCAGCAAUCGUUACAAAACGCAGGGCUUUCUUGGCAGUGAUGCUGCUCUGGGUGCUGUCUAUCAUCAUAUCUAUUGGACCUUUGUUUGGUUGGAAAGAGGCACCGCCCGAGGACGAGUCCAUUUGUAAGAUCACAGAGGAGCCGGGCUACGCAAUCUUCUCUGCAGUGGGCUCCUUCUACCUUCCUCUGACCAUCAUACUGGUAAUGUACUGUCGGGUCUAUGUGGUAGCUCACAGAGAGAGCCAGGGCCUGAGAGAGGGCCACAAGACAGAGAAGUCAGACUCAGAGCAGGUGAUUCUCAGGAUACACCGAGGCAAUGCAACUGUCUCAGAUGACGAGGCCCUUCGCAAUCGCACACAUUUUGCUCUGAAGCUGCUGAAAUUCUCUCGUGAGAAGAAGGCUGCCAAGACCUUGGGCAUUGUGGUUGGCUGCUUCGUGUUGUGCUGGCUCCCCUUCUUCCUGGUGCUACCCAUCGGUUCAAUCUUCCCUGCAUACAGACCUUCAGACACCGUCUUCAAGAUCACCUUCUGGCUCGGUUACUUCAACAGCUGCAUCAACCCCAUCAUCUACCCAUGCUCCAACCAGGAGUUUAAAAAAGCUUUCCAGAGUUUACUUGGAGUUCACUGUUUGAGGACGACUCCCAGACCGCACCACCAUCAUCAGAGUCAGAUGCAGGGUCACGGCCAGCCCCUCACCCUGGGCCUCGACAGCAGGGGGCCUCCUUCUCGGCUCAGCCCCUCCUCCUCCAUGGCCCUCUCGAGAACUCCUUCCUCCAGGGACAGCCGGGAAUGGAAGGUCUUUUCCGGAGCCCCCGCGGGCGAUUCUGGACCAGCUGAAACGAGCAGAGCGAAAGUGGCCAAACUCUGCAAUAAAAGCUUACAUCGGACCUGCUGCUGCAUCCUCAGGGCCAGGACGCCCCCGCGGGAGUCCGGCUGCACCCACCCCACCUCCACCAGAAACCUUCCCACCAUUAAAAUCCAUCAGCUGUCCCUAUCGGAAAAAGGAGAGCCCGUAUAGCCACUGUAACGCUUCAUCCAUUUGUUAUGAGUAGCCUUUCAAGGUCGCACAUGAGAAUAAAUGCCCUUUUCCUCCGUUAACAUCACAAUGAAAUGAGCUGGUGGUGAAAUAAUGGCUGCUUUUAAAUUUAAAUUUCAAAUUUCAUCUCAGCUUUGAAAGCUUUCUGUGACUUUUUUUUUUUUUUUAAUCUUGAUGUUAUCACAAGAAAGCAAAGUUUUAGCUUUGCACUGCAAGAUACAGCUAAUGAGGGAAAUGAUCAAAUCUGGGAAGUGCUCGUAUGAAGAAAAACCAAAAAGAGCAAAAGAUUUUCUAUAUGUUUACACAUUUUAUAUUCCAGAAAAGCAGUUGAAAUGUCUAAAGCUGUGACGAGGGGGGCUCUAAUAUAUUGCAUGAGUUCAACAAUAAUUUCUGAAAUGCUGAUCAGUGGUGCUCCUGUUGUCUCCAGAUUUUGCUUCCUGCUCCUGUGGUGAAAUUGUUGCUUGUGUACUGCUCUGUACACAGUGGAAACCGAGAGACCUCACAUACUUCUGUGUCACAUACAAUAAAUUUGUAAGACAUACUCCUAGCAGGGGAUUCAUGAGGACA